GUUGGAAAUUACAAUCAUACAUUAUAUUUUUUACAAACACUGUAUCUUUAGCAAAUUUAUUUUAAUUUUCAAUUAGUACUUGUCAAAUUUAAUUGCGUCAAAAUGGUUGUGAGACAAUAUAAGGAAGAGCUAGAAUACUUAGAAAAAAAAACUCCGUAUAAAUGGGAAAUAAAAAAAGGAUUUCAACCGAAUAUGAAGGUAGGUAGUAGUUACCUAUAGACUUUUUUUUGAAAUAUUUUAAAUUAUUGUGCUUUAAAUGAAUAAAGAUUUUUGAUCGUAGGUUGAAGGUGUAUUUUAUGUCAAUGAAGUGUUAGAAAAACUUAUGUUGGAUGAGUUACAAAACGCAUGCCGACCAGGAAUGAUAGGCGGUUUUUUACCUGGUGUAAAACAAAUUGCAAAUGUGGCAGCAUUACCUGGCAUUGUGCACAAAUCUAUUGGUCUUCCAGAUGUCCAUUCAGGUUAUGGAUUUGCCAUAGGUUUGUAAUUACUAUUUAGUAAAUUUUAAGACCUCUAUGUGCGAUAUAUUUGGCUGUAAAAGCAAACAAACAGACACUUCCUAUUAUUAAUAAUAUACCUAGAUGUAAUAUUAAAAUAUUUUGUAAUAGGAAAUAUGGCUGCAUUUGAUAUGGAUGAUCCUGAAUCUAUCGUUUCACCCGGUGGUGUGGGUUUCGAUAUUAAUUGUGGUGUACGAUUACUUCGUACAAAUUUAUUUGAAAAAGAUGUUCAACCUGUCAAAGUAAUUAUACUAUUAGGCGUUGAUAAUUAUUUUACAUUUAGUAGAAUUUAUACAUUUAACCAUUAAGAGGAUUGGAAAAAGUUUACCAAUUUUGUAAAAUUUAAAAAUAUAUUUUUAUUUUUUAUUAAGUGUUUUAUCAAAAUAAACAAAUGUGUUUAUCUGAUUUUUAAACUGAAUUUAUGGCUGAUAAAUGACGCGAUUGGUUGGUUAUAUAAUAAAUGAAAUUUAAAAAUCAAUCUUUUAUUUAUCUAAUACCCAUGGACAGGGUAAAACUGUGUAUGUAUGUAAAUCCGUUUUUACAGAACGAAUUUUAUGUUUAAAACUAAUUAGCGAUAAGAAAUUAGAUAUACUUCACAGUGUUUAAUUUCAGUUUUUUAAGUAUUCAUACAUUUAUCAACAAAUUGUCAAGAGAAGUCAAUUUUUCAAUUUAAAUUUUGGUAUGACCAAGAUAAAUAAAUAUAAUAUGAUUAAUUCACAGAAUUUUCUAAAAUAAUUAGUUUUGGAGGUCUUCAAAAUUGAAAAUUAAAAAUUUAUUUCUUGAAUAAUCUAGAUCAUUUUUCAAAAAAUUCAUAUAUACUUUAAUCAGAUAUUGAGAAGUAUGUUUACAUAUGUACGCAUAUUAUGUGUACUAUAUUGGUUUCAAACGGAUGAAAAAUAGAUGUUUUCCAACUCCCUAAUUUUUUAUAUUAAAUUAAAUAUUAAUUAUUAUAUUAUUAUUAUGAUCUAUAAUAUAUGUUAAUAUAUUUUAAAAAUACAACUAUAAUGUAUGUUGUAUUUUUUGUACCCAGGAACAAUUAGCUCAAAGCAUGUUUGAUCAUAUUCCUGUUGGUGUAGGUUCUAAAGGAAUUAUUCCAAUGAAUGCAAAUGAUUUGGAAGAAGCUCUUGAAAUGGGAAUGGAUUGGUCUUUAAGAGAAGGUAUUAUAUAAACUUACUCUUCAUACUUAUUAUUAAAUGUAAUGUUUGUGUUAGGUUAUGCAUGGGCUGAAGAUAAAGAGCAUUGUGAAGAAAAUGGAAGAAUGUUGAAUGCAGACUCAUCAAAAGUGAGCAUGAGAGCUAGGAAACGAGGUUUACCACAGGUAUAUUAAUUUUGUUUUCAGUUGCUUAUCAAUAUUUAAAUAAUAUACACCAUUUAUAAUACUUCAAUACUAAUUUAUUUGUUAGUUAGGGACACUAGGAGCAGGAAAUCAUUAUGCUGAAAUUCAAAUUGUUGAUGAAGUUUAUGAUAAAUGGGCAGCCAAAAAAAUGGGUAUUGAAAAUGUUGGCCAAGUAUGUGUUAUGAUACAUUCAGGAAGUCGUGGUUUUGGACACCAAGUUGCAACAGGUUUUACAUAUUUACUGUAUUAUUAAAAUAUAUUAUAUAUUAAGAAUUACUCAUAAAAAUAUUGAUUUAAAAAAAAAAUAUUAUUCAAGUUGACAUUUUAAUAGUUUUGUGAAUAAUUACACAAUCUCCAGAAAUUAAUAAAAUAAUUUGAACAAUAUCAAUUUUUGAAAAGAAAUUUAUUUAAAGCCUUGACUAUGUUAGAUGCUUUACUGGAAAUGGAAAAGGCUAUGAAACGUGAUCAAAUUGAAGUUAAUGACAGACAAUUAGCUUGUGCUCGUAUCAAUUCAAAUGAAGGUCAAAAUUAUUUGAAAUCUAUGUCAGCUGCUGCAAAUUUUGCCUGGGUGAACCGAAGUUCAAUGACAUUUUUAGCACGUCAAGUAUGUGUAUGAAUAAAGUAAAACAAUUGUAUUAACGGGUUAUAUCUCAUAAUGAUUUAUUGAUUAAUAUUAUAUUAUUAUUUUCAAGGCAUUUGCAAAACAGUUUAAACUGACACCAGACGAUUUAGACAUGCAUGUCAUUUAUGAUGUUUCUCAUAAUAUUGCAAAAAUGGAACAGCAUUAUGUUGAUGGAAAACUUAAAAAAUUAUUAGUCCAUAGAAAGGUAUUUCAAACAUGUGUUAUAAAUGUUUUAAUAGUCAUAUUAGCAGGGUUGAGCAGUAUCACAAACACAUGUAUCAAAAUAUCUUUUAUAUUUAUCAAGUAUAUUGUAUCUUGUUACUUUUUUAAUUUAUGUAAUGUACGUAACCUAACCUAACCGAAAAAAAAAAAUUUAUUGAUAGGGUAAUAUUUAUUAGUGUAAAUUUUUUCAUUUUAUUUUCUACUUUUAAUUUUUAAAAUUGUAUAUUGCUAUAGUUACAAUCUUUUCAUUUAUUCUAAAUUAAGAUAAGUUUUAUUGAGUUAAAAUCAAAUAUUCACCACAUAUUGUUAAUGAAUUAUGAAAAUGAGAAGUAUCUUUGAAACUUGUAUCUUGUAUCUUUUCUAGUUUUGUAGUGUAUUUUGUUGUAUCAAGAUACAUAAGACAAUUUUAUUAUGUAUGAAUAUACUUUUUUUUGGUAUCUUGCAUAACCCUGGUUAUUGGUUGUUUUAAUAAUGCCAUUAUUAUAUUUCAGGGUUCGACUAGAGCAUUCCCUCCUUACCAUCCUCUUAUUCCUGUGGACUAUCAACUGACCGGUCAACCAGUAUUGAUUGGCGGAACCAUGGGUACCUGUUCAUAUGUAUUGACUGGAACUGAACAGGGAAUGAAUGAAACAUUUGGUUCUACGUGCCACGGAGCCGUAAGUAUUUUUAUUUUUUUUAUAAAUUUAUUGGGUAUCAAUAACACGCGUUUUUUUUCAGGGACGUGCCUUGUCAAGAGCCAAGUCUCGUAGGAAUAUUGACUAUAAUGAUGUGUUAGAAAAAUUACAACAACAAGGUAUUGCUAUUCGAGUAGCUUCACCAAAAUUAGUUAUGGAAGAAGCACCAGAGUCCUAUAAAAAUGUCACUGAUGUAGUUAACACUUGUCACAAAGCAGGAAUCAGUAAGAAAACUGUGAAACUAAGACCAAUUGCUGUUAUCAAAGGAUAAAAAAAAAAUAUUUAUUUGUGCAUUUGUCAAAUACAUGUGACCUAUUUAUGUCAAUACUGUAUAAUAGCUUUUAUUAUUAAUGAUUAAGUACUAAAAUAUAGAAAUAAGUUUUUUUAAAUUAUUUAAUGUCAUUGGAAAAUAAAUAUUAUAUUUUAACAAAUGUUAAGAUACAAAAUAUUAAAUGCAAUUUGUUUACUAUCUUGGAAACUAGUAUAUGAAUAAUAAUAAUAAUAAUAAUAAUAAAAACCAUAUAAUAUGUAUUUCAAUAAGAAAAACAAUAACUUGCAAUAGUGUGUUUCAUAUUCUAUAAAAAUUAUCACCCAUAGACAGUGAAUAUUUACUGUUAAUUUGUUCUAAAAUCUAUAUUAAGGC